AUGUCCUCGUCGGCGCCUGAGUCUACGAAAUUCCCUUUCUCACCGUCGCCUGGUUCCGUCGACGCCUACCUGGCUGAGCAGGGCAUGCUGUCGGUCUCAGAACAACGCAUCAACGACGUCCUGACUCAGUCUGGCAUAAGAGCUGAAUGCAUCUAUCUUCCACCACACCUUUUUAGAAUCCUUCCCACGAAGUUAAUCCACGUCGUAUCACAAUUACGCUUCGAGGCCUACAGAGCCAUUAUGAUUAUGCGGAUCUGUAACUCCUGGUACCGAAGGAGGUACGAGUACCUGCACGCUGACGAAGACUCUCCAAUGCUUCAUCGGCAUUUUCAAUCUGUCCAGCUCCUCUUUGGGUGGGACAAGGACAACAAGCCUGUCAGAGCCCAGCCUAUUGCGGUGGCGGACCUCAAAAUCCCUGAAGGUUCGAUCACUCUGGGCUCGCACCGGCGCAGAUACACAGCCUAUAAGGAAUUUUAUGAUGAAUUAGUGUGGAAUUCUCGUUGUGGAGUCUACUACGCCAGAUUUUUUGUCUACCUCUAUCUGGCGACCAAAAGUUUCGAUUCCCAUUUACCGUCGGAUGUCCUCCCGGCGUUCAAUGCCUGGAAGCAGGGGGAUUUUGAUACGGAGAUCCGAAAGUUAAUUCCUUUGUCGCAGACUGUCUUCUAUGCUCCAUCGUACGAGGUCGCUGUGGAUGAUCUGGCCACGGCCAUCACGCAAAAAGUUGAAGGUGGCGAGGCAACAGCACGAACUUGGAAAGCCUUCGCAACAGGUCCACAGAGCUAUUAG